ACCACUACAUUCCGUUACCCCUUCGCUCUUGCACUUCAUUUCGACUUGUUCCCCUUAUCUCUUCACUCUAUUCUGAUAUUCUCCACACCAAAGCUACCGCCACAACCCCGCUAUAAAUUUUCGCCACCGCUCUUUACUGCUCCGUCGCCGUGAAAAUAGCCUGAGCACCACCGGUGAGGAACCAGCCAGCCAUCGAGGUCCACCGGUGAGUACCUAUCUUCUUCACAAAAAUGCAAAUAUCAGUAGUCAUAACAGCGACCUCAAAAGCACCAUCUUUUCCGACAUUCCACCGUUUGAUAAAAAAUCCACUGCAACCCUAUCUGCUUAAACACACCCGCAAUCUCUCUUUCCAUACCGACACCGGAAUUUCACCUCCCGCGGCCGUCAAAGGCCCCUCCUCUACUGUCGCCGGGGGAUUUUUGUCCGCGAUUGAGAGGGUAAUUGACGAAGAAGAGUACCGGAAAGCUCGGGCCGAGGUGAACCGGAAAGGAAUUGACGUUGAGGGAUAUUCGUUUGAAGGGAUGUCCGUUGGCGGCCACGAGACUUGUGUUGUUGUGCCUCAGCUGAAGUGCGCCUUCGACAUUGGGAGGUGUCCCCCCAAGGCUGUUCAGCAGAAUUUCUUGUUCAUCACUCACGCUCAUCUUGAUCACAUUGGUGGACUUCCUAUGUAUUUAGCUACUCGUGGCUUAUAUAACUUGAAACCUCCAACUGUAUUUGUUCCUCCUUGCAUAAAAGAUGAUGUACAGAAGUUACUCGACAUUCACAGAUCCAUGAGUCAAGUAGAACUUAGCCUGGAUUUGGUUGCUUUGGAAAUAGGUGACACAUAUGAAUUGCGGGAUGAUCUUGUGGUUCGGCCAUUUAGAACUCACCAUGUCAUACCCAGCCAGGGUUAUGUCAUUUACUCUCUUCGGAAGAAGCUGAAGAAGCAAUACAUGCAUCUUCAGGGAAGACAAAUCGAGAAACUGAAGAAAUCCGGAACUCAGAUAACAGAUACUAUACUGUGCCCUGAGGUAGCCUUCACCGGAGAUACAGCAUCAGAUUUUUAUAUUGACCCCAAAAAUGCUGAUGCCUUGAGGGCAAAAAUUCUUAUCACUGAGGCAACUUUCUUGGAUGAAAAUAUCAGUGUUGAGCAUGCCCGGGAGCAUGGUCAUACUCAUCUGUUUGAGAUAAUGGAGCAUGCUAAAUGGAUUCGAAGUAAAGCAGUUGUUCUAACCCAUUUUUCUCCACGCUAUACUCUUGAGGAUAUCCGCAAAGGUAUAUCAAAGCUGCAAUCUAAGGUGCCAGCCAAAGUAGUUGCUCUAACAGAAGGCUUCAAAUCAGUUCACUCAUAGCCCAUUAGGUAGCUUUUCGUGACCAAAGUGUUAAGCUUCUAGGAAUUUUUGGAUAUGAUGAUGAAACCGAGUUGAUUGGACCAUACCCCUCUGCUUCAUGGCUUGUAAAUACAUUGGGUAUUCCAAGGAAAAUCUUGACGUUACGAGGAGGAGAAAGAAGUAAAUCUUUUGCUUCGUAUAUACACAUAACACCUAUUAGAUGCUUGCAGAAGAAGCGAGGCGAAGCUGGACAGGACCAGCGAUAGCAUGUUUUGCAGAAGUAAUUGAUUCCAGAUUUUUGUAUUGCUUUCAAUCACACAAGCUGUUGCUAUUUUUAGGCAGAUAUAUGUGAUCAAAAUUCCAGUUGGUGUUGAGUAUGGUUUAAGGCCUGUGGAGUGGAAAUGCUGACUGAUUUAGAGUUUAUUAAAUGUUAAGGGUAGGACUAUAAGUGCCUCUUUAUUGACAA